CUGUGCUGCACAUUCCCAUCACAACACCAGCAGCAGCAAUGAAACUUGCACACUUUCACUUCUUCAACUCAUGGAGACAGUUCACAGGGAUAACAGUUGACGUGGACGAAUAAUUCCUCAUGGAGAGACGUUGAUGUUCCCGCUGCUGGCUGUCCAGUGGUUAUAAACACUGGACUUUUAUUGUAUGUUCUCUUUUUGGGCUAGCUAGUCAUGCUAGUUAGCAUUCGACUGGUAUCAGGAUAAACACAAAUUACAUCCAAAAUAUCCAAAUUUUUUCAUCGAUGUGGAUUAAAAUCAGGCUACAGACGUCAGCCUUGCGAUGUGAGGGUCAUAUAAUCGUAAAUUACAGUGUUUCUACUGUCCUGUCUGUGUAUUAUGUAUGUAGUUUAAUUUUAGCUCAAGCUAACAUAAAUAAUAACAAGAGUUUCAGUUGUUUGGCUGUUUGAAUAUGAUUUUUGGGGAUACAUACGUGAUAAAACGUGUUUAAUUCGGGGUUUAUGAGGGAAUUGAGGAACUCUUUGUUCGGGGGAGGAAGAGAAAAAUGAGGAAGAGGAAGGUGAUGGUGAUGAAGACCAGCUCAACAGGGAACUGCUGAUUAUUAACAGACACAUUAAGAAAAAUGCCCAGAAGAAAACAGUCCAACCCACAGCCUGUCAAAUUGGGAGCUGAAGAUGGUGCAGCGGUUUGCAAUCAGGAAAACCUCGUCCUGGAGAGUGACUUCCUCCUCGGACAGGAGCUCGGCUUUGGAGAAAAUGACUACAGGAUUGUUGGUUUUGAGAGGGACUCAGACUCCGUCACUGCUGACAUGGGAAUGCCGGUGUACGGCUUCAGCGAUGAGGACUGCUCCAGCUACAACCGUCUCGGCAUCGAGAGCGACUUCGAGGACCCGCGAGACACGGAGAGCGAGCGGGAGGAGAUGGGCCCCGACGCCACGUUCACACCGUACCUCUCCUGCAGGCAGUGCGGGCAGCUGCUCGCCGACCCCCUGAGCGGGACGCUGGACCUCGCCCUGCACUGCCUCCAGUGCGGAGCCGAGGGGGGAGACGCCGACCGCCAGGACAGGCCGUUAGAGGAGGCCCACCCGGCCCACAGCGCGCAGGGGAGGAUCCACCGGGGCAGAUCCACGGCCGAUGAAAGCGCGAGUAAAACAUACGCGUGCAAACUGUGCAGUUUCAGCUCCCGUUACUCUAAUCACUUGAAGCGGCACAUGAAAACACACAACGGGGAGAAGCCGUACCAGUGCCAGCACUGCUCGUACGCCUCCGCCCAGCUGGUGAACCUGCAGAGACACGUGCGCACACACACGGGCGAGAAGCCGUACAAAUGCGAGUUCUGCACGUUCGCGUGCAACUCUCUGGGCAACCUGAAGAGACACCAGCGCAUGCACACGCAGGAGAAAGAGCUCAACUGCGGCGAGUGCGAGUUCCGUGGGAACAACAGCCACUCUUUAAAGAAACACAUGAUGAGCCACAAGGAGGACAAAUCUACAGCCUUAACGGAAGAGUCGGUGGUGUCUGACCUCACUCUGCACAUCAGCAACGACUCCGACUUCCUCCAAAGCUACGACACCCUACGAACGGACCGCCAUCCUCCCGCCCUGCUGCACACCGAGAGUUUGGCCAAAGAGUCGGACCCUCUUCCCGAGCUGCUAUUCCCCUUCACGUGUCGCGUGUGCGGCGCGGUGCUAGAGGACGAGGAGGGCGCGACGGCGCAGAUCUGCAGCAAAUGCACAUUAGACAUGUUGUCCAAAAGCUCGCCCGCCAGCCCGGAGAAAGACGACAAGCUGUACUCGUGCACGUCGUGUCCGUUCGUCACACAGUACCCCAACCAUCUCGCCCGCCACAUGAAGACUCACAGCGGCGAGAAGCCGUACAAGUGCCCGCAGUGCAACUACGCGUCCGCCCACUUCGACAACCUCAAGCGGCACCACCGCGUACACACGGGCGAGAAGCCGUACAAAUGCCACGCGUGCGACUACGCCUGCGGGAACUUGGCCAAUCUCAAACGGCACGAGCGCAUCCAUUCGGGCGCCAAGCCGUUCCAGUGCAGCGUGUGCAGUUACAGCUGCAACCAGAGCAUGAACCUGAAACGCCACAUGCUGCGGCACACCGGCGAGAAGCCCUUUAAAUGCCAGGAGUGCGGCUACACCACAGGACACUGGGACAAUUACAAACGCCACCAGAAGAAGCACGGCCACUCCGCCGAAGGGUGGCUCAAGAUGCAGCUACCGGAGAAAGAGGAUGAGGACGAGGAAGGAGAAAUGUAGCGGGAUCUCUCUGUUGAUGUCUAACCCCAGUUGCCUUAUUUUUAUCAGAGGAAUCCGUGCGGUAACGCCGCGUCGCGACAUGGCCGGUUUGAUGUUUUUUGUUGUUGUUGUUUUUCACAUGGAAUUUGAUUGUAUUUUGUAUUUGGUCCAACUGUUUACAGCAGCUGAUCACAGAACCACGGGUUUGUUCUUUAAGACCGUCAUCUCAAACUCAAAGGGCACAUUUAUGCACCACUGGGAGAAUUUCACAAAAACAACAAAAGGACAAAUAAGAAGUCAUAUUUUGGUAACACUUUACAAUAAGGUCUCCAUUUGUUUACAUUAGU